GCGUGCUAUAUAAGUGUUGUUCAAGUCCCACCCCUUUCUUUUCGAGGAAGACGCGGUUGUAGGACUUGCGGAUAUUUGGUUCGCGCGCUCCUGCUCCUGACUCACCGCUGUUCGCUCUCGCGGAGGAACAAGUCGGUCAGGAAGCCGCGCAGCAGCCAUGGCUUUUAAGGAUACCGGAAAAACACCCGUGGAGCCGGAGGUGGCAAUUCACCGAAUUCGAAUCACCCUAACGAGCCGCAACGUUAAAUCCCUGGAAAAGGUGUGUGCUGACUUGAUCAGAGGCGCGAAGGAAAAGAACCUGAAAGUGAAAGGACCAGUUCGAAUGCCCACCAAGACUUUGAGAAUCACUACAAGAAAAACUCCUUGUGGUGAAGGUUCUAAGACAUGGGAUCGUUUCCAGAUGAGAAUCCACAAGCGACUCAUUGACUUGCACAGUCCUUCUGAGAUUGUUAAGCAGAUUACUUCCAUCAGUAUUGAGCCGGGAGUUGAGUUGAUCGAAUCUACAGAUGCAGAACCCAUGGAUACGGAGGGCCAGCAAUACACUUUGAGAAGUGUAUUUGAAUCCCCGGGGACAUGUCCUUUUUAACUGCAUUCUCCUCUGCCAAAAAAGUGACCAAGCAGAGUCUUGCUCUGUCACCCAGGCUGGAGUGCAGUGGUGUCAUCUCAGCUCACUGCAACCUCUGCCUCCUGGGUUCAAGUAAUUCUUCUGUCUCAGCCUCCUGAGUAGCUGAGAUUACAGGUGUGCACCAGCGUUCCCAGCUGAUUUUCAUAUUUUAUGUAGAGACGGGGUUAUGCCAUGUUAGCCAGGCUAGCUAGUCUCAAACUCCUGAGCUAAGGUGAUCCAUACACCUCAGCAAAUCUUUUAAAUUAUACAUUUGUGAUAUUUCCUUGACUUUGUUAUCCAGCACUUCUAUUGAUUAUUUUUCAUUUUGAUAAUCUUGGGUUUUUAAAAACUCCUUUAUGAUGGAAAAUU